AAAAAAAAAAACAAAAAAACUAAUGUCUUCAAGUCAAGUCAACCCUACCAUGUAUUGUUUCCCUUCAAUUUCCUUCCUCUUGCCACACACACACAAACACAACAGGCACAGAAAUGGAGAAAUGGUAAAAAAUAGAGCUAUGUGAGCAUGAAGAAGUGUUACUUGAAACCAAAUUAGAAUGGCAGAUGGUGCUGUAAACUACCUUUUGGAUAAACUAACCACAAUUCUGCUGCAAAAUGCAUCAUUCCUUGGGGAUGCUCAAAAUGAAAUUGAGAAAAUCAAGCUUGAGCUUGAGAGCAUGAAAUCCUUCUUAAGAGAGGCAGAGCUGAGAAGGGAAAAGAGUGAAUCUGUGGAAACAUGGGUUAGGCAAGUCAGAGAAGUGGCAAUUCAAGUUGAGAAUAUUCUUGAUGAAAUCAUUCAUUACAGUGAUAGUAGUACAAAUGGAGCUGGAGGAGGUAAAGGUGUACUCAAGGAUUUUGUUCAUGAAGCUGUGAAUCUUGCAAGGAGAUUAGCCGCGACACGGCGAAUAUAUUUGAAGUUACAAGGCAUCAAGGCCAAGGUUGUUGAAGUUUCAGAAAGGAGCAAGAGAUAUGCUUUUGAUGCCAGAGUAGAUGAUGACUGGGGAAGCAUCCGUUUGGCUAUCAACUGGCAGCCGCAGCAGCAUCAGCAACUUGGAGAAUUGUCGAGUUUCGUCGAUGUUGAUGAUGUUGUGGGAAUGGAUGAGGAUCAAGAAAUAUUAUCAAAGUGGUUGAUUGAAAAUGACACUAGGAGGACUGUUGUAUCAGUUGUUGGGAUGGGUGGUCUUGGAAAAACGACCCUUGUGACAAAAGUUUUCAAUGAUCAGCUCAUAAAGUUGCAUUUUGAUUCUUCUGCGUGGAUAUCGGUGUCCCAAAAUCAUGAAGUUGAAGAUCUGCUGCGAACCAUGUUGAAAGAGUUCUUGAAAACAGAACAAGCAAUGAGUCCAGGCAACCUUGGAUCCAUGAAAUAUAGGCAGCUGAUGGAAAUGCUCCUUGAAUACCUGCGUUGUAGGCGGUAUUUAGUCGUGCUCGAUGAUGUUUGGAGCAUAGAUUUGUGGAGUAGGAUUCGGGGUGCAUUUCCAGAGAAUCAAAAUGGAAGCAGGAUUGUUUUCACUACCAGAAAUCAGAAUGUGGCAACCUCCGUUGGACCUGGAAGUCGUGUCCAUCGUCUUCAACCUCUGCAGGAGCGUGAUGCCUGGACCCUUUUCCGCAAAAGAACAUUUUGGAAUGAGCAUGAGCACAACUGCCCUGCAGAACUUGAACCAUUGGCAAAAGAUAUAUUGAGAAAGUGUGAGGGAUUGCCUCUGGCAAUCGUUGCGAUUGCUGGACUAAUGUGUUCGAAAAGCAGACUAGCAAUCGAGUGGAAGAGGGUUCAUGCCAGCCUGAAUUGGCAGCUGAGCUACAAUCCAAUCCUCGGAAGAGUGAAAGGUAUCUUGAUGUUGAGUUUCGAUGACUUACCCUUCUACCUUAAAUACUGUUUCUUGUACUGUUGUGUUUUCCCUGAUGAUUGCUUUAUCAAAAGAAAGAAGCUGAUUCGGCUGUGGAUUGCUGAGGGAUUUAUCCUCGAAAGAAAAGGGAUGACUUUGGAGGAGGUAGCUGAGGAUCACCUCAUGGAACUGAUCCUCAGGAGCAUGAUUCAAGUUCAACAGGUUAAUGACAAUGGAAGGGUGAAGACUUUCCACAUCCAUGAUGUGAUGCGUGAGCUAGCGAUGACGACCUCAGAAAAGGACAAUUUCUGCGGAAGGCUUGACAUCCGUGAGUCCAAAGUUGCUAGAAGUGUUCAGCAUUUAUCAAUCGACAGCAGAAAUGGAAGUGUUCAAAUGAGCAAGUCGACAGCUUGCCAGCUGCGGUCCCUCUUUGUUUUUGGAUCAGAUAUGUGCACAUCCUUCUCUUUAAAUGCUGUAUCACCAGACUUUAAGUUCUUAAGAACCCUAGAUUUACAAUGUAUUCCUAUCGAAAAGUUGCCAAACAGAUUGUUUGAUCUUUUCAAUUUAAGGUUCUUGAACCUGCGGAAUACAAAGGUUAAAGAUCUUCCAAAUAGUAUAGGCAAGCUGAAAAACCUGCAGACUUUGGAUAUCCGGAGCACCAAUGUGGAGAAGCUCCCAAGAAGCAUACCCAACUUGGGAAAUUUGAGACAUCUAUUUCUUGGUAAAAGCAAGACCGAUGAUUCAAGGGCUCCCGAACUCCUCCAAGCCUUGCGCGCACCUGCAAGAAUGGGAAACUUGCAAAACCUGCAAAGCCUUGCUUGUGUAGAAGCAGAAGAAGGGCUAAUCAAACAACUAGGAUGUCUUACAGAACUGAGAAGGUUAGACAUGACAAAAGUGAAACCAUGUCAUGGUCCUAAACUCUGCAGUUCAAUAGGAAUGCUGACAAACCUUCACAGGCUGAGUCUUGCAGCCAGCAAUCAGGAACAAGAACUUUCAUUGGAAGACUUGAUUUCAGCCCCUCCAUUCCUUCAGAAGCUGGAAUUGUUCGGUCGCUUAGAUAGGCUACCUCAUUGGUUAGCAUCGGCGCAAACUUUGACACAUUUGGAUUUGGAGUUCUCCGGUCUGCAAGAUGACUUCCUUCCUGCUCUCCACAAAUUGCCAGCACUGGUGUUUCUUCAACUCAGGGAAGCCUACAAUGGUAAGAUCUUAAAGUUUAGGAGAGGCGGUUUUUUAAAACUCCUGAAGUUGCAUUUAAUUGAACUCUCACAGUUAGAUUGUCUGGAAGUAGAAGAGGGAUCAUUGUCAAGCCUGAAAGAACUGUCUAUAGUUCAUUGUGUAGCAUUGAAGCAAGUACCACAAGGACUUGAACACAUUUCCAGCUUACAAAAGCUGCGUCUGGAGGAAAUGCCAGAACUGAUUGUAAGUUUACAAACUAAUGUAAGUGAGUAUCGCGAAGAAGUGCAGCACAUUAGUACAGUCGAUCUUGUUCUUUAGCGAAUGGAAAUCGAGCAUUUGUAAUCUAUAGGUGCUGCUACAUUCUAGUUUCAAUUCUUUUUUGUAUUCGCGGCGGAUCGUAGAAUAAAGCGUAUGAUAACAACAAACAACAAGGCAGUUUUUCUGAGCCAUUAAUGUGCACUGUAGUAGACAAUGUGCUAAUCAUCCAUCU